AUCAGACUAUAUGCGGGGCACAUUCCCGGAAGCAUGUCGGCCGUGAAAUUGGAAAAAAAGGUGGCGGCUCUUGAGCGGCGCUUGCAGGAUGAGAUGCGAUUCAUGGUGCAACCUUUGGCACAAAAGAUCGACCACAUCGAGGAGAAACUGAGGAGAUUGGAUGAUAUACUACCUGGCAAACUGGCACUGGCCGAGCAGCCAGAACCAAUGGAAAGGGCUGAGGCUGAACCAGCUGAGAAGCCUGGGGGCUAUUUGGUGCCUGGUACGGUGCCAGUAGUGCCAACCGUGGUCCAUCCUGAAGGCGUUGGGUUUGCCAAGUGGAAGGAGGAGGUCAAUGAUCUUGAGGGUGAGGGGGCCAUCGAUGAAGAACCUAUUCCAUUUGCGGAGACGGUUUGGAACCUGUCACUAGUGCUUGGACACAGCAGGGCAGGAUGGUUGGACUUGACCAUAGCUUGCCUUGUCACAGUGCUGGGAACUUUGAUGCAGGUGUUCUUUAUUGCCGUCAUAACAACAGAGAGUUUUUUGGGAGAAAGCAUGGAGGAACAGGUGGAGGCAGCAAGGCACUGGAGGGCAGGCUCUGCACACGAUGUGAAGUACAUGGACUUAGCACUGACAAGUCUUGUCUCUCGAGUCUGCAAUGCAGACGGUGCUUUGAUUUUGUCCACCGGUCAAGCUGAGCUCAUCGAGGAGAUCAACCAGUUUCUGGGGAUCGACGCAGGGGACUUCCAACUAGCGAUGGUUCCACCAGGUAUCGUCCUUUGCACCCUCUGCAUCAUGCUAUGGUGCGUCGUCUUGAGUGGGGAGCUCCGUGCUAUUGGAAUCUCUAUUGUGGCAGCUGCUCAGAUUCCACGUUCCGGGACGACAGUCGUCCGCAACGGCAGCUUUCUGUCUAUAUCCUAUCUCCGCUUUUCAGUCUAUUUGCUUUUUCGGCUUGCACGGACUGCAGUAGCUAUCAGCUUGAUGUAUGCUGGCACCCAAUGGCUGGCACGAACUACAAACAUAACGGAUCUUAUCUUAAAUGCAGUUGCACUGGAAGCAAUUCUGCAGAUUGACGAGAUGAUUUUCACGAUGCUAUUUCCCAAAAGAGUCCAGGCCGCGAUAUAUGAACUUGAGCCCGUGAAGGUACGAUUCACUCGGAGGUGGGGUCAACUAGAAUCAUGCUUGGUCGGGUGCUUGUUUGUCGUGGUCGUGCUGGCGCCAUUCAUCAGCUGGGUACUUCCACUUGCUGACAGCAUGCUUGCGGUGAAGUCCGAGUACUGCGAUGGGAAUAGGGAUUUCGUCGUGAGUUUGAACCAGGACAUGCAGAUGUAUAUGGGCUUCCGUUCGGUGCCACUUGAGUCUGACAAUGUCUCUGACAGUACCCUGGGACAGGUGGCAGUUGCUGAGCAUUCAAAGGGCAGUUUGAGCAAUGGGUCGGCCAGGUACAUUUCCUUCUCGCUUGACUUGGACAGCUUUGAGUUGAGCCGUGUCAGAUCAAUGAAAGAGGUCCGACUCUGUUGGAGAACUACGGCUCGUAUUUCCGAUCCGCAGCUUUUCAUCUUGGACGAAGUGAAGGCUGUUGCGACUGGUUUGCCCUCGCACCUGCGGCUGUGCUGAUCCUAGAGCGUUGCCGUGGUACAAAGUGCCAAGCCAGGGCUGUCCCCAGGCAUGCCGAGACGAAGCCAAUGCCAUAGCUGGGAACUUGGAGUGCAAAGAUGCCAACACCACCGAGAAUUGGCACGACUUUUGGGAUCUAUAUCCCACAGUGAUGUCAUCCCUUGUAGGCGUGGACAUGCUCAGCACUCCUAGUGGUCAAAAAAUCCUGGCUUUGAUCCAUAUGAUGAAAUCGAUUGGAUGUUUGGGCAUUUUUAUCCUUGGCUCUCGGGACCCAAUUUCUCAAGCCGAUUGGUGUGAGGGGAGUGAGCGAUACUUUGCGCCACUGGCACUUGUUUGCCCAGACACCUGCGGAUGCUUAUCCGAAAGCAGACCGGCUUACUGCCCAGCAAGCUGCAGAGGCUGUGGCGACGCCCCAAACUUUCCACCAUCCUCAGCGGCAACGAACUGUGAGGAAGCAAAGCUGCUUGGAAUUUGCAGCAUUCCAACUGAAGCAGAGCAAUUGUGUGCUGAAACCUGCGGGCUUUGCAAUGGGACCAACUCCAGCAACAUGAGCAACACAUCUGCUGCUCCAUGUUUUGAUGGAGAUGUGCCCGGUGCUUUUGGAUUCAACUGUUCGACCCUGCAGGUGAAUGGGUGGUGUCCCAUGCUCAUUGCCUUCAAUUCACCUGCGAGCAAAGUAUGCUCCAAGACAUGCGGACUGUGUACGUGAUGAAUCAACGUAUUUUAAUGUAUAUAUUUGUUGCUGCUAAUGAACCACACAUCCGCGCUUAAAGCGGGAUUCCGGUCAGCAUUCGAAGACCGAAGAGCUGGCUUGCGAAGAACUGUGGCGAGGUUACAGACAUGCAUUCGGACAUAAUGAGCAUACCUGUUGUCGCCUGUUGUCAUUUCAGAGUCCGGAUUGGCAUGCACCAAUCCGUGCAUUUUUCUUGACAUGUUAUUCAGAC